UAUGGAGGACAGUGGACGGUAGUAAUGAGAAUUUUUCUGUGUUUUUCACUUAAAACAUGCCUAGAAGACGAAAUGGAGAGUUACCAUUACCUUCUGGAUGGGAGAUUGGACAUGACUAUGACGGAAAGAUAUAUUUCAUCGACCACAACAGCAAGAAAACCACAUGGAUUGACCCAAGAGACAGCUACACCAAAGCCCAGACAUUUGCAGACUGCGUAGGCCAUGAACUUCCAUAUGGAUGGGAAGAAUGCUACGAUGGCCAGAUUGGCAUUUACUACAUCGAUCAUAUUAAUAAGCGAAACCAAAUUGAGGACCCCAGACUAGCAUGGCGGCAGGUCCAGGAAGCCAUGCUGAUAGAGUAUCUCAGCUCAGCCCGCAACGACCUGAGCGCGAAACAAGACAUAAUGCAAGUCAAGGCACAGCGACUUGCAUUAGCUCAGGAUGAAUAUCAACACCUCAACACCACUCUCACCAACCUGUUCAGCUCAAGAUCCUCAUUAAGUUCAAGUGGGAGUGGUGCUGGCAGGUGUGACCCAGAUUUGCUCAAGGCCGAUGUAGCGAUGGCCAGAAACCGGGUUGGUCGCCUGAAGAGGGAACUUCACCAGAUCAAACAUGAAGUAGCAAACACAGAGGCUGGCAUGCAGACACUGGCACAAGUUCAAGAGAAACUAAGUGGCCUAACAACAGGAUACAGUGUCGAACAAGCGCAAGUUAUUGUUGCAGAAUUAAAGAACAUAGAAGAGUCGUUACGGGCUGGAGAGAAAGAGAAAGCCGAGCUAAUAAAAUCCCUCAAUGUUUUACGAGAAGACAUUAUCUCGGCAGAAACAACUCAGGCAAUACAAGCUAAUAUGGAGGCAGCAGCAGCAGAGAAGCACAGCACAGGCUCACAGACUGAUUUCUGCGGAGAGGGUAUGCCACUAGGAGCAAGAUUAGCCGAGUUAACAAGACUGAAAUUAGAGUAUGACUCGGCAAAGAGUACACUGAAGGGGCUGCAGCAUGAUCUAGCAGGCCUAGAAGAAAGGUUAUCGCCAGAAGACUUGCAGGGAGAUCGAGACCGUGUAGUUUUGAUACAGGAGAAGGAACAGUUGCUUCGUGAACUAAGAAGUGUUAGGUCGUACACACGUGAUCCUUUGCAGGCAUGUGAGCUAGAUGAAAAGAUCAUUCAACUGGAAUGUGAUUUAGCAAAGGCUUUAGAAGUCAGUAACAAAACAGUAGCAGAACGACUAUCCUUGCAAGAGAAGCGGCAGGACCUCCUUUGUCGGUUGCGUGAUACUGUCCGUGUCAUGGUGGGUCUUGAAGGACAGCUACGCUCUUUAUCUGCCUCAACCUUGUCAGUGUCAUCGUCGUCAUCAUUAGGAUCCCUGUCCACAUCCAGUAAAGGUUCUCUCUCCAGCCUCUCAUUUACAGACAUCUAUGGGGGUCAGCAAUACUCAUCUAGUGAACAUGUUGCUCUUAAUAUGCCGGAACUGCAAAAACGUGUUGAAAGACUGUUGAAAUCUAAUUCAGAGGCUGAUCGACAGUAUGCUGAAAAACUGAGGUCUUUGGAGGAGAGCAGUGGGAACUCUGCUGUAUUAUCUCAAUCCAUGCUCUCCCUCUCUCCAAGGAGCUCCUUAUCAUCUCUGUCCCCACCUACCUCUGCUUAUGAUGCUACAUCAGGUCUGGACCCUCUGGCUCCCACAAGAUUCAAUCCAGGAGAGGGAGGAAGUGGUCCCCUGGCCAAUGUAGACCUCGGUACAGUGCAUGACCGGCUAGCAGAACUCUGUCUUACUCCCACUUCUGCGGAGAGUGGGACCUUUAACCCAGCAACCCCACUGUUAGCAAAGGUGGCUGGAAAACAAUUGGACACAACUUCUGUAGGAAAUAAGCAAGUGAAAGAAUUAUCCGAGUACGAAUUCACGGAAACAAAUACUAGUGUUAGUGGUGGGUUACUUGGACGUGUUACAGGUGAUAGUGAUGUGCUAUAUGAAAUGGGUGAGGAAGAAGAAGGUGGUGUUGUGGGGGUUGAGGAUAAUAAUGCUCGGACAAUGUCAGCGGCAGUGAGUGAUGAGUCUGUAGCAGGAGAUUCGGGAGUAUACGAGGCCUAUCCCAAAGGCUCAGCAUCACCACCAGACACUCCACAGGUGCAGAUUAAACUUAGGUACAGCAGACAGGAAAGCCAACUCAAUGUGGGUGUGGAGAGAGCACGGAACUUGUCACUUCUGAACACAGAAGAAGGGUGCAAAGUAUGUGUCAAGGUGCAGCUGUUCCCAGCAGGUACUGCAACAUUCACCUGCUGUACACAUUUAGAUAGUAAUACUGAGAGGCCAACCUUUGGUGAAUCCUUUGCAUUUCCUGUUGCCCCUCGCAAGCUUCCUUCCAAGACUCUGCAAGUGAAUGUGUGGGCUGUUAGUGAUACAAAUGACACCUUUGAUGAAGAGUGUGUGGGGUAUGCUCAAAUAAGCUUAGCCGACUUCUCCUUAGAUACUCCACAAACUCGCUGGUAUAAUAUUUUGAACUUUGCCUUGUUGAGACCAGACCACUUGACUCGAGAUGACCUCUCAUCAAAAUCUUCAACUCUUCGCUCUUCUGUAUCUACAUCAAAUGUGAAGGAGGAGAGCAGUGAUGAGUCGACAAUCAUCUCCUCCCAGACCUCCACCCUGACUCGCAACCUGGGACCAGAGUCACUCCGGCUGAACUUCCACCUUCCCUCCGAGGACUUUGAGAAUGCAAUUGAUUCCGAUGAGGAUGAUGAAGAGGAGGAGGAGGAGGAAGAGCCCGAAGAAGAGCAGGAGGAAGCCAUGGAAGAGGCACUUGAGAAUGCGGAGGACACAGCAGUGGAGGGAGACUCUACUGAUCAGCUGGUCGAAAUGGCUGACAAGGAGACAAAUACCGAGUGCAUGUUUAUGCCUCUGUCAGCCAGCUUAGCAGGGUCGCGUUCCUCCCUCGCACCUCCCAGGGUCGAGGGCGCGGAACCCAAGCCUGGGAUCCCAGUCAUCAAAAGGUCACAGACUUUUACCCCAUCUGCCGCUGUAGGCAAGAGCAACUACGUAUGUAGGCUGAAUCGCAGUGACAGUGACAGCUGUGUGCCAUCAUAUAGACGGGCACCAUUCCAGCGUGGCACAGCAGAGCGAAGAUCAUUGAGGUGGAAAGGGCGGCUGAGUGGAUCGUUGAGAUUGUCGUCAAGGUCCCCAGGAUCAUCAGGCAUGAAAGGUGGCCGUACCUCGCUGGACUUGGAGUUAGAUCUGGCAGCACAGCAGCGGCGUUUACAGCAACUGCAUGAGGAACUCGAAGGAUUGCGCAGCCUCAAGUCACAGUUAGAAGGAGUCAAGAGCUCUCCUGAACCUCCAUCCUGGCUUGUGGAUCAGAACAACAUGACCAGUGUCCUCACACAGGCAACAAAGGGUGGUGGUGUGAAGUCUCCUGAGGACAGAAGGAUGGAAAAGAUGCUAAGAAAAACGUCAAGAGAGAUUCAUAAGCUACGUAAUUCAAAAACGCCAAGAGGGCAGCCUGAUGUCGUUUCCUUUAAGGAAAAGAUGGCAUUCUUCUUGAAGUCAAGUCCCACCAUUCCUCCAUUGACUGUUGAUUCAGACAGUGAAGUUUCAUCACCUACUGAACCUCUCAGUCCAGCACUUCCCACCGGAGGACCCACGUUACCACCUUACUCAUCUGUAACAUCAGAACACAAAAACUCAUCACAAGUUUCAACACCUGUCACACACUCACAGACUUUAAACUCAGACGAACAAUCUCCUGACCUUAGUUCCCAAAAAUCACCCCGCACUUCAUCACCCUCAUCCCCAGUCCCAACGCCCACCAACACACCUCUAACUGGCCCAGCCUCUCCGUUGGUCAGGCAACUGACUGCCAGGCAUUCUAAUACUGGAGCCAUUCCCAAGGUGUUCCGUCCUGAUGUACUCUUCAGCUCAGAAGACCAAGGAGUGGAGGUCUGAUCUGCUAUUAGGAAGUUAGAUAACAUUCUCAUGUUUUAAUAUAUUCAUUUUCACAACUGUAUUCGUCCAGUGCCUACAGGCUCGUUUUUAUUUAUUAAGGAGACCCUGAAGGACAGUAUUACGAGGAAAUACUAAAGACUGGUGUUCGAGUUGGUGAUUUUUUAUUCCGUGGCUCGAGUUGUUUGACGCAGGACUGCCACACUGUAAUGAGUAUAUUCAUAUUCAUUCCCACACAAACACAGACAUACAUGUACAUACAUACAUAUGUAAACAUAUACAGAAAUUGUUUUAUAUUAUGUUAACUUCAGGGUUCUCAUCUUUUUUAUGAAGAGGCUUCCAUGGCCCUGUGGUACUGGAUGAACUUGUAUCUCAUACUCACCUGACAGUAAGAAUCCUUUGAGACAGAAAUGAACUCAGUCCAAAGGGCUCUUCACAAUUUUUUAUGCUGAUAAAAGCCACUAAAGAUCUUUGAAUGGCAUUAUUUGCUCAUAAGGCAUAUGUGUGUGUAAGCAUUGUGUGUGUAUUAUGUAUAUGUAUGUGUGUGUAUUAUGUAUAUGUAUGUGUGUGUAUUAUGUAUAUGUAUGUGUGUGUAUUAUGUAUAUGUGUGUGUGUGUGUGUGUGUGUGUGUGUGUGUGUGUGUGUGUGUGUGUGUGUGUGUGUGUGUGUGUGUGUGUGUGUGUGUGUGUGUGCGCGCGUGCGCGUGUGCGUGAUAUAAUAUAAUAUAAUAUACAUAUACACACAAAUGCAAACACACACACACACAAACACACAC